AAAAACCCUUUCUCUUUAAAUUAAAGUGCAAAUUAAGAGAUAACUGUGUUUUUGUAGUUGCAAUAGAAAACUUGGGAAAUUACUUUUGCAGAUUAUUAUUAAAACUUGAUGGGUCUCUAUAGAAAGUUGGAAACUGAUGUAGUAAUUGAAGCUCCAGCAUGGAAGUUUCAUGAAAUGCUUCAUAGAAACCCUCAUCAUGUUUCCAAUAUUGCUUCUGAUAAAGUACAAAGUUGUGAACUACACGAAGGCGAAUGGGGCAAAGUUGGUUCGAUUAUUUAUUGGAACUACGUUCAUGACGGGAAGGCUUGCGUGGCGAAGGACCUAAUAGAAGCAGUAGAUGAAGAGAACAACUCGUUCACAUGGAAAGUGUUAGAAGGAGACCUUUUAAAUCAUUACAAGAGUUUCAGACUUACAAUCCAAAGUAUUCCAAAGGAUAAAGGAAGUGUGAUUCAUUACACUUUGGAAUAUGAAAAGCUUCAUGAAGAUAUUGAAGAUUCACAUACUUUUCUUCAGCUUUGUGUUGAUGUCGCCAAAGCCAUCGAUGCUCAUUUGAAGGAAAAUAAUAAUUAAUAAUAAUGAAGGGUUCAUUUGUAGAGGUUGAAGAAGCUCCUAAGGCCCCAUGAGAAUGAUUAAUUAUACUUAAGUAAUGAUUAUCUACUUAAAUAAUGCUUCUUAUAUAUAUAUAUAGCAUAUCAUGGUUGUGUGUUUGUGAAAUAUUAUAAUCUAAAUCUCUAUGUUAUGUGUAUGCUUAUAAAUAAAAUUACUGGGAAUAAAGUUUGAAGGUUGUUUAA